CAGGCUCACUGAAAUUAGUCUGUCAGCAUGUUUGGCCCGUUAUACAUUGCCAGCUUGAUUUCUCUAGGCUCUUUCUUGACUGUUUCCGCCUCCAUUGGUCCUGUAACAGACUUGACCAUUGUCAAUGCCGACAUUACGCCCGACGGAUUCAUGCGGCAAGCUGUUCUCGCCAACGGCGUGUAUCCCGGACCUGCAAUAGUAGGCAACAAGGGAGAUAACUUCCAGAUCAACGUGCAGGAUUCCUUAACGAAUGAGACGAUGAACAUGACCACGACCAUUCACUGGCAUGGGAUAUUCCAGCACACGACCAACUGGGCGGACGGUCCAGCAUUCGUCACACAAUGCCCCAUUUCCCCCAGCAACUCAUUCCUCUACAAUUUCACCGUCCCCAACCAAGCAGGGACCUUCUGGUAUCACAGUCACGAAAGUUUGCAGUACUGUGACGGUCUACGGGGGCCAUUCAUCGUAUACGAUCCGGAUGAUCCAUAUGCUGAUCUCUAUGAUGUCGACGACGAGACCACCAUCGUCACCUUGUCUGAUUGGUACCACCUCCCGGCUCUUCAAGUUCCUUUGCCCGCGAACCCCGAAUCCACUCUCAUCAAUGGCUUGGGCCGUCAAGCGAACGACACUACGUCUCCUCUUACUGUGAUCACAGUCGAACCUGGACUACGCUACCGCAUCCGCCUGAUCUCGCUCUCGUGCAGCCCGUACUUCACCUUCUCGAUCGACAACCACACCGGGACGAUCAUCGAGGCGGAUGGGCAGAACACGCAGGCGCUGCCCGGAAUCGACUCCAUCCCCAUAUUUGCCUCGCAGCGAUACUCGUUCGUACUGGAAGCCAACCAGCCUGUUGGCAACUAUUGGAUCCGCGCUGCAUCUGAGGCCCUGGGCAGCCCAGCAACCCCGCCCGGCUUCGCGAUCCUCCGCUAUGAGGGGGCACCAGAGGAAGAGCCUACCACGCCCGAAGUCGCGCCUGUCAACCCUCUUGUGGAGACCAACCUCCAUCCGCUCACCAAUCCCACUCCUCCCGGCGCACCGGGAGACGAUGGCGCAGACGUUAGCCUCAACCUCGACGUAACCUUCGAUGCCGGACGGUUCUACGUCAACGGCGCGACGUUCCUCCCUCCCUCGGUGCCCGUCCUGCUGCAGAUCCUGCACGGAUCGUACACCGCACAGGAGCUGCUCCCGCCGGGGAGCGUGUACAGCCUGCCGAUGAACCAGACGAUCCAAAUCUCCAUCCCCGGCGGGCUCCUGGGCGACCAGCACCCUAUCCACCUACACGGGCACGUUUUCUCUGUGCUUCGGAGUGCGGGAAACGAGAGCUAUAACUAUGUCGAUCCUGUGAGGCGGGACACGGUCAACACCGGGCUGAAGGGGGACAAUGUCACGAUCCGCUUUCAGACGGACAACCCGGGCCCGUGGUUCCUCCACUGCCACAUCGACUUCCACCUCAACGCGGGCUUCGCGGUUGUCAUGGCCGAGGCGACCAACAUGACUGCGGAGAUCAAUGUUCCCUCCGUCGCCUGGGACUCGCUCUGCCCCGACUACGACGACUUGCCUGCCGCGGACCACUGAUUCGAGAGUUCGAGUGUUUGCUGGGUUGAUGAUCGAUGGCCUUUCGUCUGUUUUUGAGGGUCGUUCAUUUGAAUGGGUCGGUCUAUGGUGGUGAGCGCUGCACGGCGCACGCCAAUGUCACUACAACAUGUACUAUACUCCCUGUCGGCACCGACAACUGAGGCCGAGUGAUUGUUACAGGGCUUUCUCACCACGCUCUGCCUCCGUUUGCCUGUAUUUGUAUGUGAGCUCCGUUCCCCAGCUCCCCGCACAUCUUCGUGAUAGGAAGCCAAGGAGUAUAUAAACAGAGGGUCAGCUGAAGCUGCUUCUGGCCGCUGGAAGUCAGUUGGCACC